AGUCUCGCAUUUUACCGUUCCCAACGCCAUUAUCGGACUCCGAGAAAUUUGACGUGAUUUUACGGAUUUUCAGGUUUUCAUUGGAAAGUAAGGAACCCAAACAGAAGUGACCGGUUAGGUUUCUGUCUGAAGACGUAUUCUGCCCGUGUGCCAUACCUAGAAACAUUCUGGAAUGGAUGUCUGGCCAGGAGGGAGAGCUGGUGGACUUGGGUGGAGCUGGAGUCACAAUCGAUGCCUCUUCCCUAGUCUCUGGCUUAGCCACUGUUGGAGAUGUCCAUGUGGAUGGAGCCACAGCCAUUAUCCAGGGGAUGCCAGAAAAUUGUGUGGAUCCAGACAGGAAGAGGCUGAGACUUGACAGCGAUGGGGACCUAGAUUUGAACCCAGAACAUUCCUUUAAACAAAUUCUGUUCAGUAUCAAUAAAGCCAUCUGCCUGCGACUGGACAGUAUGGAGGCCAAGCUAGACAUGUUGAGUUCUCGCACCAAGACCAUGGAGGAUAAAGUAGACCAACUGGUCAACUGGUCGCGGACACUCAAUGGUGGCACAGGGCUUGCAUCCACUGCCUCCAGGAAAGGAGCGGUCAUCGUGGGUCUUCCGCAGACAAAGGCAGAGGCUGGUGACAUGAAUCCCCUUGACCAUUCCAUCUCCAACCUCGGCCCCAAUGUCACACUGAUCACUCUCAAUACAGAAGAGGACUUCCCUAAUGGCACCUGGCUGGGAGAUGAACACAACCCUGAGAUGAGAGUUCGAGUUCCUAUCACUCCAAGUGAUCUCCUCCAUGUCCACUCAAAUUGUCGCACCCCAGAGAAAAUGGCGUUGACGUUAUUAGAUUACCUGUUUGACCGAGACACCCAAGCAGCCUCAAACCUGUCUGGACAAGGAAAGCAUGGAAAGAAACAACUAGACCCUCUUAUGAUUUAUGGAAUUAGGUGUCACUUGAUCCACCGGUUCAGCAUCACAGAGAACGAUUGGCACCGCAUCAAACAGAAUAUCGAUUCCAAAUGUCGAACAGCGUGGCGGAGGCGAGCGCGGGGCAUGCCUCUCACUGUGAAGGCCUUCAGGGGGAAAGCCCCGCCGUCCUACGUCAACAUCGGCAACCACAUGGGGGAUCUGAGUGGAGGCAGUGAUGAAGACUCCAUGAGUCAAGAGGAUGGAGAGUUGCACAUUCAUCAGCAAGCAUCAGAGGCAGACAUCCAGGCGGCUCUGGCCAUGCAGGGUGAAGGUCUGCAGCAUGGGGAGAUACAAAUCCUACACGCCACUCCAGAACAGAUCUCUCAACUCCAGCAUGCCCAGCACAUACAGAUCUUGUCUGGGGACCAGGUCAUAGGGCAAAUCCAACCUGGAGACAUGCUGCCAGAGGGCAUCCAGGUGGCUACCAUGACAACAGACUCAGGGGAGGUGCUUCAGAUUCAACAGAGUGUACCUACGGGGGCGGAGUCAGAUUCUGUCAGUCAGUGACAGUGGGCUGAAUCCUGGUGUGAUUGACAUUCUGUAUGAUAGGACUUGGUGGGAGUGGUGUUUGGACUGUGCGGUGUUUUAGAAGAAACAAAAAAACCCCUUCAAAUGUGUGUGAGUUUAUGUGUGAACGAGGCAAAACCAGUGCAAGUGUCAGGAUCUGUGGAGGCUGGUCUAUAUGUGCGAGUCACUUCAGAGUAGGCCUGCUCUGUGUGGAAGUGCAUUACUGGAGAUUAAUGUUCUGUUAGUGAUUGUGAAAAAGACACCUGUGCACUUUAGUAUGGCUGCUUUUUAUUUUGUGAGAUAAGUAUGGUGACAGACGCUUGUAUUAUGCAGAUGAACACUCAUGAAAGUUUGACUGAAAAAUAAUGGACAGAAGGUGGAAUGGACUUCUCAAGGAAAGAUUGUUUCGUAUUUUUAACUCCGAGUACAAUUGUGAUGUUUCCUUCAUGACACUUGAUUAUAUUAUUAUGCUGUUGACAUGUUUCAUUUGAAUUUCAACCUACGUCAUAGUAAUGAUAUUAAUUCUGUACUCCUUACUGCAAAUAUGAAAAAGACACUUGUUCUCCUCACUCCAAGCUGCUAGUUCUACCACUUUGACGAUAUCAUCCUCACUUUCAUGGCUUCGUGCACAUGAUUGGAUCAAGUUAUUUUACAGGAGGAGAGUUGUCAACUGGUAGCCGAUUUACAAACCAUUUAACAUUUAACCCACUGUACCCUUUUUGUUUUUUGUUAUUUAUUUAUUUUGUUGUUGUUUUGUUUGGGGUGGGAGGAAUCAGUUCGACUGUCUUAUUGAACUUGAAGAGAAAUACAGUUGAGCCUGCUAUGCCAGAACCCUGUCCAAGACUGAAGUCUGUCUUGACAGAAUCUCCCCCCUGCCACCAUGAUAAAUUGGUCUAUAAUUCAUGGAAGACAGACUUUCAUAUCCUGGAAACAGACCUUGAAAUUCCUUUCCUUCAGCUGGUUUUGAUCGGACAAUGGCAGAAAAUGCUCUAUUUGUUAAACCCUGAUUUGAAACAAAACUCGCUACAAAGUUUGGUUCCACCGGCUCCAACUUUUAUGCCUCACCACCUGGUGGAGAAAGGGUGCGGUUGUGGGAAGUAGAUUGUACCCCAUCCUUGUGAGCCUUGAACGGUAUGAAUGGUCAGCUGCUUUGUCUUCAAAGUGCUCAAGUGGCAUCCUGGUACUUAAACGUAGCCAGAGAUGAGCUAGAUAAUGGUUGUAAAGCUCAAAGGGCAUGCUGCAGAGGGUAGAUAUUCGCUAUAUAUAAAUGCAAUUAUUAUUAGAUAAAAAGAUUGACCUCUUCUGGUUGUCCCUGUUCAUACGUCUAGCUUAGUAAAAAGUUGAAAACGGGUUUGAUUAAGCAAUUGCAUUAGGUAUUUGGAUUACAUUUUAAGGCUGUUCUCAGUGGAUAAUGACAUUCAGUUUUAUACAAUAGGAUUCUGUUACUAUUUGCUAUCAUUAACAUUUUUGGGUCAGAUUCUUGGUUUCAGACCAUGAUUUUUCCAUGCUGCUGCAGUUUGUUCAUUUUCUCUCCACACUUCUGUUGUAAUACUAUAAUGAAAGCCUUGCUUUUUAAUAAUUUUUCUAAAUGUUAUAUACCUCCUUAAAUCUUUCCAAAAUGUCAUAAACCUCCUUAACACGUUCCCCCCUUGGAGUGCGCAGGGACCAUGAUGUAGGUGGGGUACAUCAGUACUUUCCCUGUAUCUCAGCACAAAUACCCCUACCAUUAUGAAAUUUUCAGCAUACUGAGAAAAUUGGAUGUGAUAAUUGCAUGUUCACCACAAAAGGAAUUAAGAGUCGGAACUGAAAACAUUAGAUCUAGCACAUUCAUCACCUGAUUUCUCAUCAUGGAUCUCUGUGUAAAGCAGCACUUAUGCCAGGUCUACUCGAUAUUUUUACCCAAAAAAGAAAAUAAUCCAAUUGUUGUAAACGAACUGAUUUUUUUACCUCAAAGGCCACACAAACCGUUCAGAAAAGAAAUUAUAAUUUUAACAGGUGCGCAUGUGGAAAAGGAGAUCGUUGCUACAUUUUUUUGCUAUAUAUCACACCAGCACCGAUCAGUGUCUCGUGAGGGCAAAGUGUUAACUUACACCAGUGAGUCCAGCUUCAUUGGCCGUUGGAGUAAUGGUAAAUGGUAGUUAACUAAAAGUAUGGAUCAAGUGUUCAUUUCAUUUGUCAUUUAAUUUAUUUAAGGAAUGCAUUAAAAGUCUAAUCUGAUUGGACUUCAUCGCAAGCUUGAGAGGGAUUGUAGAAUCACUUUGAAGAACAAGGACAAGCAGGGUAUAGUAGUACGUUGGUUGUAUGUUAAUGUGGGAGUGGGAGUUCUGCAUGUCUUUGGAAUUCCUUACGACUAGUCCUUUGACUCUUCCUUUGAAAAGUAUGUAGUCGUCUUCAUGCUCUCUAGUCCGUCUGUGUCAUGUAGUAUGUAUGUAAAGUUAUUUGAUAUCAACUAACUUGAAAAGUGUUCAAUAAUAUUAUUUGUGAGUAAAUGAAUUGCUGCCUUUUGUUCCGACUGUUCAAGUUAAGCAGUGUUUUCAAGACUGCAGAAUAAAUUUGUUAUUAAAAACUUUGCUGAUUUCGUCUCCGAAGCGAAAAGUCCGGACUCGAGCCUCGGUUCAGACACAGAUUUUUUCGCCCCUUCCUGCCCACCCAGCAGUAAUGGGUACCUGGCUUUGAGCUGGGGAAGUAAAAGUGACAUGGAAAGGAACUGGCCACCCUACCACAAUAUGCGAAAGGUACAGGAAAUUGUCUCACUAACAAGGCAAUCCCCAAUGUUCGGAUCGGAUGCGGGAACAACUUUACUUUUUUUUAGCACAGGUGUUUGCCGGCUAAUGCUCUGCUACUUAUACUUAUCACUUUGUGAAUGUCGUGUGUCAUUAUGACUCAGCCAUUUAACGCCACAGUUCCCUUUUGGAAAUUUAAAAAAAUAAAAGUUUAGUCUCCGCUGUAAAUGAUAAUACCAAGUUAAAUCUAUAGUGUCAGUGGUUUAUAUGCCUUUGGGGGGGGGGGG